CCACGAGAAAUCACUUCAACUCGCGCUGUGUUCCUUCCGCAAGAUACAAGCCGUGAUACAGGGACCCAGGAGAUAAGACAUCUCCUCUGUUUUUGGACUUAUUCACUUGUCGCAGACGUCGAACUCCCCCCUGUUUCGUUUAUUUCCAACCACCACAACUGGGUCAGAAAUUGUGUGGAGAGAUGAAGGCCAUUAGUCCAAUCAGGUCUGUGAGGAGCUGUUACGAAGCCGUGUGCUGCAUCUCGGAGCAGAGUCUCACCAUCUCGAGGAGUAAGACGCCGACGGAGGAACCCGUGGGUGCCCUGUGCGACAUGAAUGACUGCUACUCCAAGCUGAAGGAGCUGGUGCCGAGCAUACCCCAGAACAAGUCCGUCAGCCAGGUGGAGAUUUUGCAGCACGUCAUCGACUACAUCUUCGACCUGCAGAUCGCUCUCCAGGAUGAGAGUUCGCCCACAGAUGCGCCGGACAUGGUCCUGUCACUGAAGUCGUCAGAUAUCGCCUGCAAAUUUUCCAAAGAAGAUGGGGGAGUGUGCCACUAGAGGAGGAUCCCCUGGCAUUCAAAACGUGUGUGACUGAGCUGUGCCUCUUUCGUUUGGCCUCGAGGACCACAUGAGAGAGGGAGGAGGGGAGGAGAGGAGAGAGACUGUAGGAAAACUGACGCCUGGUGGAAGUUUUUAUCCCUGUCGUCACCUCACUUCUCGGCUCACUCGAACUGGACCGACCCCCGAAGACACCAAAGCGCAGCAGAAGCAGCAUUUUACAGGGGGCGAGAGGGCGUUUUGACGGAUUCUAGCCCUUCAGCAAUCAAACGGGAGCAUGGCAUCUCGUAUCAUCCAAACAUUCCAAUCAAAAUAUUGCAGGACUAUGCUGGCUUGCUUUCUACUUUUGAAACAAAUCUAAAAGAAAAAAAACGCCUUUUGUCUCCAUGAACUUCGUUGCAUAUGGAGAUAGCAUAGGCCUAUGGUCCUUAAUGUGUGUACAUAUUGUUUAUUGCGUGUGAAUGGAUGAGGGUGGAAAGGUUUCUGGGUUUGGGGAGGGGAGGGAGGGUUUGAGGAGGGUGGAAUGAUUCAAACUCAACAUUACAGAGUUAUUUGUAUGUGUUUGUAGGGAUGGUUCUUUCUACAGACUGUCAAAAUCGCUGAGUUUUAUAAACUUUUUAUAAAAGUGUGCUUUGUUACAUGUUUUUUUUACACAACGAAAAAUAAAACAUAAAACAGA